UCCUCCUCUCCGCUCCUCUCCUCUCCUCUGCUCUCGAUCCCACCAGUUGCCGCUUCAUUCUUCUCUCUAACGGUUGAAAAUCCUCCGAGGAUCUCCUCUCCUCUCGAUCCCACCAGUUGCCGCUUUAUUCCUCUCUCUAACGGUUGAAAAUCCUCAGAGGAUCUCCUCUCCGCUCCUCUCCUCUCCUCUCGAUCCCAUUUUUUUCAAAUUGACUCUGCCAACUCUGCCAGCUAUCUUCAAGUAACGGCAAGAAGAUGAAGAAGACCCUGGGGAUUGCGUUGGGGUUCCAGAUUCUCGCCGAUUUCGCCAGGAGAAGUGUCUCUAAUCUUCUUCGGAGUGGGUUCCGUGAAAGUUUGGACCAAUUACUACAGUCGUAUGUGGAAAGGCAAGCCCAAGCUCCAAUCGACUGGGAUCUGCACAGGAACGUACCCACUCCAACUCCUGCUUCACCUGAGCAGGAUCGGGAGGAACAGAGGGAUAAACAGAAUGGGGAUCAGAAUGAUGACAUGGGCAGACCUUCAUUGGCACUACCAUCCCCUCCGGUGCCCCCUCCACAGCCUCUUUGGCAUCAGGCUUUACAUCAUUCUAGUUGGUCUCGACAGAGCAUGCGCCGCUCAGAUCUUGAGUGGGAGAUGAUUAAUGAUCUGAGAGUGGAUAUGGCAAGGCUUCAGCAGGGCAUGAACCACAUGCAGAGGAUGUUAGAGGCCUGCAUGGACAUGCAACUGGAGUUGCAACGCUGUGUAGGACAGGAGGUCUCUGCAGCUCUGAAUUGAUCAACUGGUGGACAGGGGAUGGCGGAGACAUCAGAGGAUGGAUCCAGAUGGGUUCAUGUUCAGAAGGGAACUUGUUGUGUAUGCUGUGACAACCAUGUUGAUUCUGUUUUGUACAGUUCUGUUGGAAUUUUAUGCACCCUGGUGCGAUCACUGGAAAAAGCUGGCUCCAAUCUUGGAUGAAGUUGCUGCUUCAUUUCAAAAUGAUACUGACGUUGUUAUUGCUAAGAUUGUAAGAUUUCUGACCUCUACUAGCUAAGUUAUGAAAGUUGUUGGUUUGUGGUCUUAAGUUAGUUUUCAAGUUUGUGCAUCUGAACUCGGAUGGUCCACUAUGAAUAUGAAGAAUACCUUUGCAUUACUUUUGUU